AUGGAACCUAGCCACCAGGUCACGGACACUUGCCUGUCUCCGCUCGACUGGCUCAUGCCACGGUACUAUAUGCCACAAAUCUACUGCUUCCCAUCGGGUAACCCCGGUCUAUGCGAGAGCCUCCAACAUGGGCUCGCUGGACUCGUCGCCGAAGUCCCCUUUCUACUGUCAGGUGUCGUUAGCCAGGAACAUCCUUUAGGCUCGGUGGCGCUUAGCAACCCUUAUCGUACCGCGAGCGACAUCUUCAGCUGGCAGGACUUGUCAGAAAAACUAGAUUACGAAUCCCUGAAAAAGGACCAUUUCCCAUUGUCGAUAUUCAACGACAAUGCCGUCAUUGUCCCAAACACACUGAAGCGGCCGCUGCCCACUCCGGCACCAGUCUUCUGGUCCCGGCUCACCCUAGUACGUGGCGGGGCUUUUCUUUACGUGGGAUUGCAUCAUGCUGUGUCAGACAUGAUUGGAUUCGGAUCUCUGGUUAAGAUCUGGUCUGCCCAUUGCCGCGAUGGGGCUUCCACAGCGGCCGGGUUCGACCGGACCUGGUUGGAUCGGUCUCCUCUCUGCAACAUCGCGCCCUCCACACCGGUUGGCCCUGUACCUGCAGUGAUACCAGACGGACUAUUUUAUGAAGAUGUCUCCGUGUCGGCAUUAGUUUCACCGGGCGAAGGACCUCCCCAGCCCGUCCCAGAAUUCACCGCCGCCAUCUUCUAUUUCGCCCCAGAGGGUCUAGAACGACUCAAACGAGCAGCGGUCGACCACCUGCCGAUUCUUGGAGAGUCUGGAGUACCCUGGGUGUCUACGAGCGAUGUUCUCACGGCCCUCCUGUGGAGUGCGAUAGUCUGGGCAGAGCAGGACUUUUCCCCAACCAUUGACCGGAACGUUCCCUCCCACAUGGCGUUCCCCGUCAACAUCCGCUCGCUUUGGACUCCUGCCCUGCCGCCUGACUAUGUCGGCGCAGCUUGUGGUCGAGCUUCGGCCGCGGCACCCACAGGAGAUUUGCUCUUGUUGUCCGCCCCCGAAGCCAAACACGAGGGCGGAGAAGGUUCGAACGACUUGGGCCCCAGCAAGGCCAGACUCAUGGCUAAAGUUUCUGUUGCCGUUCGUGCCGCCAUCGCGAACAUGAGCGAGGAGAAGAUGAGGACUGCAAUCGCUUUCACAGCCGCCCAGCCUGACCUGUCGCGCAUCACCCAGCGUCCCACUAGGGCCCCGAUGAUCACCUCCUGGGCUGAUAAUCCCAUACAUGAUCUAGACUGGGGCAAGACUGUUGGGCGAUGCGAAGCCGUACGCUUUGCCACGUUCCCGGUCAGGGUGCGCCCGAUUAUCCUCCCCCGUGUAUCCGCCAGGGACGGUGGUGGUGUGGAGGUGUUCUUGUCUGUCGACCAGGCAGAAAUGAAGAGGUUCAGCGAGAGCGCGCUCGUGAAGCAGUUUGGAACUCUGAGAACCUCUGUGGUAUUGGGUAAGCGGUGA